GUCAAGGCAACCCGAGCGACGCCGGCCGCGGCGGAGAGGCGUUAGAAGGGGCGGCGCCGGGGGCUCGGCCCUUGGGGGCCCGGGAGCGGCUGACCAUGGAGCCCCAGAAAAUCACACCAUCCUCAAAGCCUCAUCCACCUGUUGUGGGCAGAGUGACUCAUCACAGCAUUGAAUUAUACUGGGAUCUGGAAAAGAAAGCAAAACGGCAGGGACCUCAAGAGCAGUGGUUCAGGUUCUCGAUCGAGGAAGAAGACCCCAAAACGCACACUUACGGUAUCAUUUAUACGGGAUAUGCGACAAAGCAUGUUGUGGAGGGUCUGGAACCAUGCACGCUGUACAGAUUUCGGCUGAAGGUCACCAGCCCCUCUGGAGAAUAUGAGUACAGCCCGGUGGUCUCGGUAUCUACGACCAGAGAACCCAUAAGUAAUGAGCACUUCCAUCGAGCUGUCAGUGUGAAUGAUGAAGAUUUGCUGGUUCGAAUACUUCAAGGAGGAAACGUUAAGGUGGAUGUUCCCAAUAAGUUUGGCUUUACCGCCCUGAUGGUCGCUGCCCAGAAAGGAUAUACCAGGCUUGUGAAAAUCCUCGUUUCUAAUGGCACGGAUGUGAAUCUGAAGAACGGGAGUGGCAAGGACAGUCUGAUGCUUGCGUGCUAUGCGGGACACCUGGAUGUGGUGAAAUAUCUCCGAAGACACGGUGCUUCUUGGGAGACCAGAGACCUAGGAGGCUGUACGGCUCUGCACUGGGCCGUGGAUGGAGGCCACUGCAACGUGAUCGAGUGGAUGAUAAAAGAUGGCUGUGAGGUAGACGCUGCGGACACGGGCUUGGGAUGGACCCCGCUCAUGAGGGUGUCUGCGGUCUCAGGAAACCAGAGGGUGGCCUCUCUGCUGAUCGAAGCGGGAGCGGACGUGAACAUGAAGGAUAAAGACGGAAAGACCCCUCUAAUGGUGGCCGUGUUGAAUAAUCACGAGGAGUUAGUCCAGUUACUUCUUGACAAAGGGGCAGACGCAAGUGUAAAAAAUGAGUUCGGCAAAGGUGUCCUAGAAAUGGCCAGAGUUUUUGACAGACAGAACGUGGUCUCCUUAUUAGAAGAAAGGAAAAGAAAACAAAUGGCGAAGAAGCCCUCUGUCUGCUGAGCCGGGCCCCACUUAGCCCGAUAGCCCUGGGGAAACAACGUCCCACGUUUGACUAUUUGAUUUUAUUUCUUUGAUUGGUUUGAUUUUUUUUUAUUUGAUUAUUUAUUUUCGUUGAAGGUUCACCGUGACUUUUGUAACGUACAACUGUUUCCCACUUUGAAAUACAUCUUUUUACCUACGCA